UUUUUUUCGUGUCCUCCCUCUCUGUUGUCGCGUCGCACCUUCUGCUGCCUCCAUCCAUCCAAUCAAUCAAUCAUCAGCAUCAGCAGCAUCCAUUCACCACGACACCUGCACACCCACACGCCAAACACUGUGCGGUGUUUGCUUCGUGUUUGCUUGUGCGUCUUGCUCGUCGAUUCGACACACACACACCUGUUUGAAACCCGGUCUUUGUGCAGGGCGAGUGCUUUGCAUUCUUAUUCCUUUGGUCUGAUCUCUUGUGAUUUCGCUCAUCUCCCGAGCGCGUGUGUGGUGUUGCCCAACAACAACAAGAGACAACAACAACAACACACCCAUCAGCAUCAUCUUCACCAGCACAGCACCAUCACAGCAGCAGCGUGCGCGCUUCACCAGGCAGCCUCUGAUUCCUUCCUUCUUCCUUCCACCUUCUGCUUCUCCCCCUGUUCCAACAACCGCCACCCCAUGGCAUCACCGGCCACGAUGACGGGCGCCGCGAGGCCAAUCCAUCUCCCGGUGCGUCGGCGCCACCGCGCGCCCUCCACGCCACACCAAGAGCAAGCACAAGAGCAAGAGCAACACCAGCAGCAAGAACGCGACACUGGUAAAGACGUAGAUGCCACCAAGACGCCGCCCACGCUGAUGGAGGAGAUCCGGGCGCUCCUGCACUCGGAUUUGGGGCGCAUGCCAGAUGUGGUUGACUUUAUCCGCAAACACGCGCACAACAUCGACUCCCUCCCGCGCGUCGCCCUCAUGAACAUGCGUGACCUGUCCAACUCCUUCAUCAAGAAGAUUGCGCAUCUGCCAGCCGUCGAGUCUGUCCUCAUCGACUAUCUCAUGGCUGAGGAUGAGCAGUGGGCCGCAUAUCUUACAGAGCAGUUCAAGUCUGGCGUUGCGUUCGUCGACGCGUUCCAGCAGGGCCUGUACAGCCGCUUCCCGUCGUGGACAGUGCCGGAGACGAUUACACGCCGGCUCGCAUCCAUGCCCGCCGUCAAGCAGGCGGUCGUGUCGUACCUCACGUCCAUGGAGGCAACAGGCGGCAGUCUCCUUCGCCGCGUCGUCGCCAAGAACGUCGAGCACAUGCGCGAUUUGCAGUCGCUGGUUGCGCGCCAUCUUGACUCUCUGCCAACACUCAAACAGCUGCGAGAGGCCCACUACGAAGGCAUCCCUGAACUCAAGCACUUUGACUACUCUGUGUCUCGCCAUAUCCUAGGAGCCCCCCGCCCUCACAUUGAUACUCUGCUGAUCUCUGGCCCUUUUGCGUAG